UUAUGUAGAUUUGUAUGCUAGUUACAAAACUGAGGAAUUUGGAUGAUAUUUGGUCACAACAACAACACAGAUAUUAAGCAUUUAUCGUGAAUUCAAUUCUGUUCAUUUCUUUCCAAGUGACGAGCAUCAUGAUUAGACGUGCUAGCUGCAUUCUUUGGCGUCAAAGGAACUUCUGCACCACCCAAAAUCGGCUAAACGUGGGACAAUUCCAGAGCAAUUAUAGUUUGAACAAAUUAUAUCCACACAGUGAGCAAGACAUCACAAUUUCAUGUAGAAAAUCACAUGAGACUGCAGAUCAGAACAUCGAGUCAAAGUUCAGUGGACAAAUUCCAGUUGAUAAAUUGCUAGUCAAGUACAGCAGGAGUGGUGGAGCAGGGGGUCAAAAUGUACAGAAAGUGGAAACGAAGGUGGAUGUCCGGUUUCUUGUUGCUACAGCAGAAUGGCUGCCUCAGAAUGUGAGAGAAAAAUUGCAAAUUCAGCAAAAAAAUAAAAUCAACAGCAGAGGAGAGAUGGUGAUCGUGUCGGAGCGAACGAGAUCACAGAUCAGGAACUUCAGCGACUGUCUACAAAAGAUCCGAGAUAUGGUAGCGGAGGCAGAGCGGAAACCUAAAGAGCCCAGCGAAAAGGACAAGGCUGUCAGGAGAAUAAGGGUGGAAUCUGCAAACAGAGAGCGAUUAAGAGGGAAGAAGGCGCACUCGGCUACCAAGCAUGAAAGACAGGUCUCCUUCGAUGAUUGAAUGACAUAUGAGAACAGUUCAUGGAAAACCCAUUGAAUCAAUCAUCACUGUAGGAGGGACUUUCAGACAAAACAUGUUUUCAUGC